GAGAGAGAUAAACAUCCCAACAAAACACAGGAAACACAAACAAUUAAGAAUCAUCAAAUUCCCAUUGUUUGUAUCAAAGACAUCAAAUAAGGUUUUGGUGCCAACUAGGUAAGCAUCACAAAUAUGUGGUCAACCUCACAACAAAGCUUCUUUAUCCCCACAUCAACCCUUCUUAACCCAAAUUUCAAGAACAGCAGGAAAACCUUAGUCAUCCACUGCAGUUGCUCACCACCACAACAAGAUAGCCAACAACAACAACAGGAACAAUCUCCAACUCCAUUAAGUGAUAGGAAGAAGAAUGAGAACAAGUUAGGAAAAUUAGCAUUGAUUGCAGUGGCUGCUGGUGUGUUAACGUUUGGAUCAGUUCAUGAUGCAUCAGCUGCCAAAACUGGUGGCAGAAUUGGUGGCCAGUCCUUCAAAUCAGCUGCUCCUCGCAACUCCGCCCCAAGAAUCAACAAUAAUUCCAGGACCAACAUCUAUGUUAAUCCACGGGUGGCGCCUCCACUAGUCGGUGGAUACGGGUACGGUGGUAUGCCAUACUAUGGUGGUGGGUACGGAUGGUCUCCAUUUUCUUUCUUUGCACCAGGUCCAAGUGUAGCAGUAGGCAUUGGAGGUGGAUUUGAUUCUAUUCUUCUGUUUAUGCUUCUCGGUGCUGGUGCUGCUGUUGUGAGGAGGUUCUUCGGAUCAAGAAAUGUUGACGAUGAUGACGACGAGUAAUAGCUUGCUCGUUAUCACUAAAAAAAAACAUUUUCAUACUUGAUUGAAGAGAGUGUUUGUGGUAAAUAUAGAUGUUUAAAGGAAUGGAAGAUCAAACAUAUAUGUGACCAAAACAUUUUGUACUUUGAGCUAUGCAUAUAUUAUACUUGAAAGAGAAGCAUUAAUCUGAGCCAUGAAA